UAUAAAGCCCGCGGCCGCGCUCGUCGUACUCACGCCGAUCGGUAAAAGCCAGACGUAGCCAAGGAAGUAGCGAAGAAGCACGCGCACGCAAGCGUAUCCAUCCAUGGCUCGCGCAGCGCUCGUCCUCGGGGUGCUCCUCCUCGCGGCCGUCGCCGUGGCGCCGUUCGCCGCGGAGGCGAAGAAGAAAAAGGCCUCGGAGAAGGCGGCGGAGCCUCCCGCCGACGCGCCGGCACCGGCCGCUGACGCGCCCGCGGAGGGGCCCGGCGGGCCGUCCGCCGCCCCUGGCCCCGCCGAGGGCAUCGACGGCCUCUCGGACGACAACGACGACUCCGACGAUAACUGAUCGAGUGGUUUCUUGAAAUGAUCCGGUUGAUUUGGGGCAGGAUAUAUGGAAGCAACCAAGAGCA